AUGGAUUAUUGUAAUCCAGAGUUGACAUCACUGCUGCUGUGCUGAGUUUGUUGAGAAGACUGCAAGAUGUUUGUCAACGUGCUGCUCGCCCUGCUGCUUCUGCUGCCAACUCACGUCAUCUUCAGCCGCGCUCAAGAGGAGGACACAACUGAAGCCUGGACCAGCAAGUCCUGCAACUGUGACUGUGAUGGAGGCGUGGCACCUACUGACUCCUCCCCCAUUGGCUCCUCCUCCUCAGUGCGUGGAGUGGACUGCAUGCCAGAAUGUCCUUAUCACAAACCUCUGGGCUUCGAGGCGGGAUCAGUGAGUCCAGAACAGAUCAGCUGUUCCAACCAGGACCAGUACGGUGGAUGGUUCUCUUCCUGGCUGCCCAGCAAGGCACGCCUCAACACUCAAGGCUUUGGAUGUGCUUGGCUGUCCAAGUUCCAGGACAACAACCAGUGGCUGCAGGUGGACCUGAUGGAGGUGAAGGUGGUCUCAGGACUCCUCACUCAGGGUCGCUGUGACGCAGACGAGUGGGUGACCAAGUACAGUGUCCAGUAUCGCUCUGACCACACACUCAACUGGAUCUUCUACAAGGACCAGACUGGCAACAACAGGGUCUUCUACGGGAACUCGGACCGCUCGUCCUCGGUCCAGAACCUCCUGCGGCCGCCCAUCGUGGCGCGCUACCUGCGCAUCCUGCCUCUGGGCUGGCACACUCGCAUCGCCCUGCGCAUGGAGCUGCUGCUCUGCAUGAACAAGUGUGCCUGAUGACCUCUGACCUUUGACCUCACACAGCCUUCCACCUGUGUCAGCAAAAUGUUGUGUUGUUACCUCCAAAGACCUUUUCAUCUUUGAUAUGCAAACCUUUUCUCUCAGAUCCUCAUAUUGUCUUCAAUCUGUGCUUUCAUUUUCUCUUUGGUGGUCAAAGGAUUGUUACCUUUCACCUGCACCUGCAUCAACUCAAAGCAAUAAUCAGCAGCGUUGCUAUGCAAGAAGAAGCUAAUAAUCUGCAGCGUUGCUAUGCAAGAAGAAGCUAAUAAUCAGCAGCGUUGCUAUGCAAGA